AUGGCUGCAGAACUUGCUCUUGCAGCGGCCAAAGCCGUAGUUGGGAAGCUUGGUGAGGUUGGGACUGAGCAAGUAUUGAAUGAGGCAUCGCUGCUGCUCAACUUCCAAGAGGACUUUCAAUGGUUACAGAAACAUUUUGGGCAUAUAUCUGGUUAUCUAGAAUAUGCAGAUGAUCGAAAUGUACAAAAUGUUUCUGUGAAAGAAUGGGUGGCGGAAGUGAGGAAUAUUGCUCUUGAUGCAGAAGACAUAAUUGAUGAGUGCGCUGUUGAGCAUUUUACAUCAGAAAGAGUAGCUCAGUUGAGAAAAGGGAGUAUCUUGGAGACAGAUUCACGAGCAGUGGGUGUGGAGCACAAUGUGGAGGAAAUAAUCAGAUUGUUACAGAAGCCUGCAGUUGUUGUUGUUGCCGUCGUGGGAAUGGGAGGGGUGGGUAAAACAUUCCUUCUGCAGCAUGUUUACGAUAGAAUUAAGCAAAGGUAUGAGCAUUCUGCCUGGAUUUCUGUAUCACAGACUUAUUCUCUUAGAACAUUGCAAUGUGAUCUGGCCUCUUACGUUAAUUUGCAAAUAGACGGUAGUAGUAGUAUAAGUGAUGUGCGAGUAGCUGAGUUGAUUCAUGAGCAAUUAGAGGGCAAGAGAUGUUUGAUUGUUCUAGAUGACGUGUGGAAGAGUAGUGUAGAAGGUGACUUGAUACGAAGGCUUGGUCUUCCCAGUGGCAGUAAUAACCACUGCAAAAUUGUAGUUACCACUAGAGAUAAAGAUGUUGCUGCCAACAUGAGGGCUCAUAUAUAUGAGAUGCAACAACUCUCGGAGAAGGACAGUUGGAAUUUGUUUUGUCUGUUUGCCUUCCCCGAUAGUGAGGAAAAUAGGCCACCGGAGCACCUGGAGAACUUGGCUCAUCAAAUUGUAGAAAAAUGUGGGAGGCUGCCAUUGGCUGUUAAGACAGUUGCAGCAUCCAUGGCAAGAUCUGUGGGGUUAGGAGAUUGGGAAUCAAAACUUAGGCAAUUGAAAGAUGUAAGAGUAGGGGCAGAGGACUACACCAUGCAAAUCCUCAAGUUGAGUUACGACUCUCUUCCUUCGCAUCUUAAAUCUUGUUUUGCUUAUUUUUCUUUCUUUCCAGAGGACACACAGAUAUAUUUUUCUACUGUCAAGCCCAUAAAAAAUAUACACCAAGACUGUUUGAUAUAUUUGUGGAUAGCUGAAGGUUUUAUUCCACAGGAGAAUGAGAAAGAACGGUGGGACAUUGGGUUGAGUUACCUGCACCAACUUGUAAAUCUUUGUUUGAUGGAAGUAAACACAGUUCUUUCCUGUUACACCAUUCAUGACUUGUUGCAUGAUUUGGUUGUUGAUAUAAGUAAAGAGCAUAAAUGUGAAUUUCAUCUUCCCUUACAAGAAACAAGCUGCUGGCGGUUACUAUUGGGCAAGAAGGGUAUAACCACUGAUGCAAUUUCAGAAAGACCACUUCAUCGUCAGAAAUUUCUUCGCACUCUUUCAUUAUUUGACAAUCCAGAAAUCACGAGUUUUCCAGAACACUUGUUUGAUCGUCUGAGAACACUCCGGGUUCUCGACUUUAAAAGAACUUCCAUCUCUGCAUUGCCCAAAUGUGUUGGUGAGGUCAAAUCUCUUUCUCAUCUCGAUGUAUUUGGCUGCUCUGAAGAUUUUCACAGUUAUAUGCCCAAAGGAAUGUCAAAGCUCUGGAGCCUGAGAACGUUGAGAUCACGUGCCUUCACACUGUCUAUUGAAGAGAAUGAGUUCCUAAAUGUUAAAGACGUCAGCAAUCUGAUCAAUCUCCAGGAGAUAAGUUUCAGUUUAGAAGAUGAACGAGGAUUGAGAUGUUUAGAAGAUGGUAUCCUUGAGCAUCUGGUGAAAAUGAGAAUCCUACGUGUAUCUAGUGGCUUUGUGGGUGAUAUAGAAGAAUCCAAUCUUCCAGUGUUCCCAGAGAGAAUGAAUGCUAUGAAUGAUCUUCAAAAACUUGCGCUUGAUCAUUUCUCCGUGCCAAGUUGGAUAUGUGGUAUGGUAAAUCUCACAGAACUUACAUUGGAUGGGUGCAGUGAUUAUCCAUCUCUCCAAAACACGCCCAACUUACAAUCAUUGAUAUUGGGUUGGGAUUUGAGAUGCAGACAAUUGCCAAAUAACUUUGGCAUAUGUGGGGGAUUUCCUAAGCUGGUUAGACUGCUCAUUCAUGACUUCCCUCUUUUAGAGGAGUUGCCGGAAUUGGAGGAGGGAGCGAUGCAACGGCUUGAAGUGCUAGCGAUAGGUAAUUGUCCACAGGUGAAGAAAGUUCCAGAGGGAAUGGGGCAGUUGAGGAAACUAAAGGUGAUAAAGGUUGUUAAUGAGGCAAGUGGUGAAUUAGAGGAAAGGUUAAAGGAAGGAGGGGAAGACUGGAAUAAAAUCAAAGCUAGUAAUUCAUGCAUGGAGAUCAAGAUCAUAUGUUCCGUUUGA